GAUAAGAUACAAUAUAAAAGACUGUCAUUUUGAACUUGAAGCCUUGCUUAUACACUGAACGGAACAGAGAGGUCUUAAAUUAAGACACAAGUGAGGAGCAGAUGACUUAAACAAGCAAGGAAAUUCUAGAAAAUACUUUUUUUUAUCAUUUAGCAUAAAUGGGCCAAUCUGGAGCUAAACAGUCUAAGGUGAAACAAGCUCGUGUUUUAAUGCUGGGGCUUGAUGCUGCUGGAAAGUCUACUAUACUGUACAAAUACAAGUUUGAUGAUUCUUUUAGCACUACGCCUACAAUCGGGUUCAAUGUGGAAAUGAUUGAAGAAGAAAAAAACAUUGCACUCACAGUCUGGGAUGUUGGAGGACAAAAGAAAAUGAGGUCAGUUUGGAAUUAUUACCUUCAGGACACAGACACACUAGUUUACGUUGUGGACAGUACAGACAAACAACUACAGGACUCUAAGAAAGAAUUUGAGCGAAUACUAAGGCAUGACUUUUUAAAAAAUGUGCCAGUGGUUUUACUUGCAAACAAACAAGACCUCCCUGGAGCACUAAGCGCUGAAGAGCUUACUAAAAAGUUCAAAAUGAAAAAGCUCUGUGAAAAUAGAGACUGGUUUGUUCAGCCUUGCUGUGCCAAGACUGGGUUAGGUCUUGCUGAUGGAUUUAGAAAAGUAAUUGCAUUUUCUAAAAUUCACCUGUUAGUAAAGGAAGUUAAGGAAGAAAAUUACAAAGACUCAAAGGAUGAUAUAAGGUUACAAGCUGCAUUCAAGUUGCAUUAGAUACUUGCUACAUCUCUCUGUCGGUAUGGAGUAGGAUCCUGUGAAGCUUCAGGUGGCAAUUGCUGCACUGUGGUUGUCAGUGCAUUAACAGACCGACAGCACAACUUUUGGAGUUGGAACUGCUUUGGGGAUAUACAGAGAUCUGGCAUUUCUUUCAUUAGCAUGACUGUGUUCUUGCUGUAAUUUGAAGGAAGAUGUAAAUGUCUAACAAUUGGAUUAGUUGUGCAGCGGUGAGAUAAAUUAUGUCUCUGUGAUUAACAAUCUAGGUGGUACUUCCUUUCAGUGUGCUAUGCAUUUUCACCUCAUUCAUCUAAUUAGUUAAGAUUUUGUGAAUUUCCUGGAAAUAAACACUUUGAAGAAUAA